GGUCAUUAGGUGCGUCAAGCCGAGCGCUUCCCUUCAGAGCCGCGUAAGCCUGGGCAUUGGCUCUGCCGCUGCACUGCAACGGAAAAGGGGCUCGGCAAAGUUGAUCUUGGUCCUGUCUGAGAAAGUAAAACACGGCACUUCUCGCCGCUUUCGAUCCUGACGUGACGGACAUAGUUCAAAAGGCAUUAAAAGGCUGAUCAAAAAAAAUCUACUUUAAACCAAGCGGGAUGGAAGGAGCAUCGCUGAUAUACAUUUUGUUAUAACUAUCCGCGAACAAUUGGACGACGAGAUUCAAUUUCACUAAUAGCCUAUAUGAUGUGCGGAGAAAGACACAUAAGAGAAUAAAAUUCCUCCGGUUUGCCAUUUGCUGUUGCCGAAACCGCUGGUGAUAUGUGGUUGUGCCUGGAAGAAUGGCACCGAGUUUAUUUAAUAAUUUUUCAGCUUUCUAUGUGGAAUAUUCAUAGAUCUCCUAAAGAAAACGGCGCCUCUACACUACCUCUUAGUAAUAAUAAUACUGACUAAUUUCUUGCAGAAAUAAUCUUUAGCUAAUAUGCGCUACGUUACGCUGAUCCUUCCUAUCCAACUUGAAUGCGAGGUGUAGGAGUAACGGGGAAAGGAAGACACAUGCCGCAUCCGUCUCCAGCGGCAUCCACCUGCCAUCCGUCCGUCUAUCCCAUCUCGCAAAGUUGGUGACUAUCAAGAUCUUUGUCCAGGGUCGUCAGUAUAAAGGAGGUAGUUGGAUGCCCAAAGAAAACUAGGCAUUCAAAGUAAAACUACUUUACUUGUGAGCGCUGCCUUUUUUUCUUUUCUUUCUUUUUCGUUUCUUUUCUUUUUUGUGCCAUUUGGAAACAUGCGCUAGUGUCUGCGUUUGAAGGAUGUCGCUGCUCAUAGUCUGCUUUGAGUAACAGUAUUCGGAGAGAUCUGGGAUUGAAUACUUUCAUUUGGCACCUCUGAGAAGUUUUUUUUUUUUUCCUCCAAAAUCGUGGAUUAUUUAGAGGUAGUGCAAACACCAUAACAACAACCGAAGACAUGCGUGGAUAUUUUGAUUUUAAAACCAGUGGAAUCGUACCAGGGGCUAACGACCUGUGAGGAAAUUAUAACACAUUUAUAAAGAGGAACAAAUAUUUAAAAGGAGGUUUCAUUAUAUUACAUUUCCCUGACUCGGAGUUUUGUUGGAUUUAUCAUGAUGUUCAUGAGUAUUUUAGGCUACUUGUUUCUAUUUGAUAAAACGAUUAGUUCCUCGGCCAGCUCCUCAGCCUUGUCCGCGUCAGGAACCCAUGGCUGGAGAACCCCUGUGGACUGUGUGAAGGCCAGUGACAUGUGCAACCAGAGCCCUCAAUGCAGCUGGCGAUACCGCAUCAUGCGCCAGUGCUUGGUGGGCAGGGACCGCAACACCAUGUUGGCCAGCAAGGAUUGCCAAGAUGCCCUUGAAGUACUGCAGGAGAGCCCCCUGUAUGACUGCCGAUGCAAGCGUGGCAUGAAGAAAGAGCUGCAGUGUCUGCAGAACUACUGGAGCAUCCAUAUGGGCCUGACUGAAGGAGAGGAGUUUUAUGAAACCUCUCCGUAUGAGCCAAUGACAAUCCAGCAUUCUGAUGUGUUUCGACUGGCAUCCAUUAUCUCAGGAAUCGAUUCCACCACGGCCAAAGGGAACCAGUGUCCGGACCAGAGCAAACCCUGCAACUCCUGCCUGGAUGCAGCUAAGGCCUGCAACCUGAAUGACACCUGCAAGAAGCAGCGCUCCUACUACAUCUCUACCUGUAACAAGGAGAUGCCCGGCCAGUCGGUGGCGCCGUCAGCUACACGGGCAGAGCCCUGUAACCGCAAGCGCUGUCACAAAGCCCUGCGCCAGUUCUUUGAUCGCGUGCAGACGGAGUACAGCUACCGGAUGCUGUUCUGUCCCUGCCAAGACACCGCCUGCGCUGAGAGGAGGCGGCAGACGAUCGUGCCCUCCUGUGCCUUCGAAGAGAAGGUCAAGCCCAACUGCUUGGAGCUGAGAAAAACCUGCCGGUCUGACCCUCUGUGCAGGUCAAGACUGGCUGACUUCCACAUGAACUGCCAGACGACGCCGCACUCCAUCACUAACUGUCCAAAUGAAAACUACCAGGCUUGUCUGGCCUCUUAUAUCGGUCUUAUAGGAUCUGACAUGACGCCGAACUAUGUGGACGCCAGUCACACCAACAUCACCAUCUCGCCGUGGUGCACAUGCCGGGGAAGUGGGAACCAAGAGGAGGAGUGCGAGAAAUUCCUGCGGGACUUCAGGGAGAACACCUGUUUACGGAAUUCUAUUCAAGCCUUUGGCUAUGGACCAGAAACAGACUCCUUUCCUAAGCCAGUUCCAGUCACACCUUCAUUGAGUCCCGAUGUGGAGCUGGUGAGCCUGUCAGAACCUUCUGUCAACCACAACGAUAUCAAGCCUGGAGAUGACGCUUGCGUUUUCUCUACCUGCGCCAAUCUGGAAAAUGGACCUAAGUGUAACCUGUCUAAUGACUAUAUGUGCAAGGCUGAGCAAACAUUAAUGGAGAGAACCACAAGGAAAGAUCUUCAGGAGGAAGUGAGGUCUUUUGGUGCCAGACUCAAUCCCUGGGCAGCAGUGGUCUGCCUUCCCUACGUCCUGGUCAGACUAGCUCUAUAAAACGUGCUGUUGUCCCCUCACUGAAGCCAAGGAGAAGUGCACAAACAUACCGCAACAGACUUAUGACCUAUGGAAUCCAUACUCUCUGUUUCUGCAGUAUUUCUUUCGUCUGACAAUGACAACUGCAACUCAAGGAAUGCGUGAAAUUCUACUAUGUCGGCGCCUUGGCAUAGCAGCGAGAAAGAUGGCUGCAAGUUGUCAUUACUCUAGGUUCCAAAGUCACAAAGGAGUAAUUACUGGAAAAGUACUGCAUCAGGCCGCCUGCCUGAGAACGGCUGUUUGCUAGAACAGUUAUUAACUCCAGAUAGGGAAGUAGCAAGUGAAUUUCCCUUAGGUGCGAUGGCUAUAAGCCUUGAGCAAAGGGAAUAUACCUUUUGCUUUGCAGAAAGUGGCUUUAUGUCUCCAAACUGUCCAUGCCCAACUCCUAUCCUCUUUCCUUCUCGCUCAUAGUGGUUCCUUCAUACUCAUAGACUUGUUUUACAUCUAGAGAAUUUCUUUUUAUAUAUUUUUCUUCAGGACACUGGCUAUUACCUUCUUGGUUAAAAUGUAAACCCAUUCUGUUAAAACAACAUAUUUUGUUUUGUAGGCAAAUGCCUGCAGAUCUUUUAUGCUAUUCUGUAUUUUGUCGAUGAAAUCUCAAAAAGGAAAAAAAAAAAAUGAAAAGAAAAAAUGCUCAAAAGGUGUAAACAUAGUUUUCACUGGAAAUAAGUUCUUGGAAAUCGGGGGAGGGCAGCCUCCCGCUCUUAAUGUGUAUAAUUUGUCUGUGAGUAUAGAUAAAGUGUUUUUCCUUCAGAUGUACUAAUGUAAUUUCAUAUGUACUAAAAAAAAUGAAAAGAACAAGUGGUGAGGAAGAUGGAGGAGGACAAACAGCAGAAACGAGGUUCAGCAGCUGGUCUGAGGAAACAGUGUCCAGUGUCAUAACUGUAGUGUUAGGCUGUCCUCUGUGUAAUUGUUGUUUGCCUAUACAGACUCUGGGCAUUCUUAAAGGAACAGUGCUGAGUAAACUAAGCUUUAUUGGCUUAGACAGUUAAUAACUGGUGUAUAUUAUAGUGUGCAAUCUAUUGCGUGGCCUUAUUCUUUUAUUUAUAUUAUUUUUCAUUUAUUCUCUCUCCAGUGUGUUGUUACUUCAUGUGACAUUUCAGAGAGUAAGAGAGCCACAGGAAAAACAGUAAAAAAAAAUUGAUAUGUUUUGGAAAGGCAUUUGUAUCCUCUUAAAUCCAGUUCUCCCAGUUAAACUGACUUCUAGUAACAUUCCAAAACUGAGAAAAAAAAAUGCAGUGGAGAAACCUGUCAUCUGAGAAAGUGGACUUUUUUUUAGACAAUAAUGAAUGCUCACAGCAACUCCAUCACAUUAUACAGUUGAGACAAUUCAGUGUCAAGUAAAUUCAAAGCAGUUGCGUCAGUGGAAUAUAAAAAGUUGUGGGCACAAUCUAGGUGUUCGUGUAUCUAACAUUUUAAGUCUGGUAUAUAUAAUCCUGGUUCAUGAAUAACACAUAACAAUGCUGAAAUUAACCUAUUAGUAAUCUGACAUAUAUGCUAGAAUGAUUAAAAUAUAUACUGUUUGAACCAUG